AUCCCCUUUGAUUUUAUGGCAGUACUUGGUCUAGAAAACAACAGGGCAAGGUUCCACGGCAGGAUCUCCCGGGAAGCGGCCGACCAGCUCCUGAGUGUGGCUGAGGGGAGCUACCUCAUCCGGGAGAGCCAGCGCCAGCCAGGAACCUACACUUUGGCUUUAAGAUUUGGAAGUCAAACCAGAAACUUCAGGCUCUACUACGAUGGAAAGCACUUCGUUGGGGAGAAGCGCUUUGAGUCCAUCCACGAUCUGGUGACUGAUGGAUUGAUUACUCUCUAUAUUGAAACCAAGGCAGCAGAAUACAUUGCCAAGAUGACGAUAAACCCAAUAUAUGAGCACAUAGGAUACACAACCUUAAACAGAGAGCCAGCAUACCAAAAACAUAUGCCAGUCCUGAAAGAGACACAUGAUGAUAAAGAUUCUACAGGCCAGGAUGGGGUGUCAGAAAAAAGGUUGACAUCACUUGUUAGAAGAGCAACUCUGAAAGAAAACGAGCAAAUUCCAAAAUAUGAAAAGGUUCACAAUUUCAAGGUCCACACGUUCCGAGGGCCACACUGGUGUGAGUACUGUGCCAACUUCAUGUGGGGUCUCAUUGCUCAGGGAGUGAAAUGUGCAGAUUGUGGUUUGAAUGUUCAUAAGCAGUGUUCCAAGAUGGUCCCAAAUGACUGUAAGCCAGACUUGAAACAUGUCAAGAAGGUGUAUAGCUGUGACCUCACAACACUUGUGAAAGCCCACAUCACCAAGCGGCCGAUGGUGGUGGACAUGUGCAUCAGGGAAAUUGAAUCUAGAGGUCUUAAUUCUGAAGGACUGUACCGAGUGUCAGGAUUUAGUGACCUCAUUGAAGAUGUCAAGAUGGCUUUUGACAGAGAUGGAGAGAAAGCAGAUAUUUCUGUGAACGUAUAUGAAGAUAUCAACAUCAUCACUGGUGCGCUGAAACUCUACUUCAGGGACUUACCGAUUCCACUCAUCACGUAUGACGCCUACCCCAAGUUCAUAGAGUCCGCCAAAAUUAUGGAUCCUGAUGAGCAAUUAGAAACCCUUCACGAGGCACUGAAACUGCUGCCGCCCGCUCACUGCGAGACCCUCCGGUACCUCAUGGCGCAUCUGAAGAGAGUGACCCUCCAUGAAAAGGAGAACCUUAUGAAUGCAGAAAACCUUGGGAUUGUUUUCGGCCCCACCCUUAUGAGAUCUCCGGAACUAGACGCCAUGGCUGCACUGAACGAUAUCCGAUAUCAGAGACUGGUGGUAGAGCUGCUCAUCAAAAAUGAAGACAUUUUAUUUUAGAUUUUUAGUUUGAGAGGAAAAAGAAGUGUUUUACAGAUGAAGGAAUGUUUUAUAGUAAUUUAAUUGGCUCUCAUAGCUGCAUUAUUCCUUGGUUAGAAGUUUGGGCAUAUAACCAGUUUAAAAUGAAGGAACUUUCCAUUGUUUUUGUAGCACCGCUCAGCUGUCCUUGUAAAACAGUGAACAUACGCUUUCCAGUGCUAGUAACCCUGGGUGUUUAUCAUGUUAAGAGAAACUCAGGCUAUUGCAUGAUUAGCCCCGUUUGGCAAGGGGACCCGUACAAAGGAGACAGCAGCCUGCCCCGCUCUCCGUCCUGGGUAGUCUGUGGUUGUAAUUCAGCAUGUUUCGCAGAGUGAACCUGUCAUGACUUCGCUUGGGUUCUGUCAUUGGUGUCUGAUGCUUACAUAAACAUGCCCAUCAAUGGACAGAACAGCACCUCUGGCCACUGCACUGCCAUAGACUAUAACAUAUGCCUACUUUUCUCCAAUGCUUUAUUUCUGGGUUCUCUUCGUUCUUCUCUGACAUAGUAAUUUCUUUCCAGCAAAAAAGCAAAAUGUUUUCAGAUUUGUUACUUUAGUAAAUGAUCCAUGCCAAUAAAAAAAUACAACGCAGAG